AUGUCUCGGCUGGCUUGCCCAGGGGGCAAACCCGGGGUGACAGAGAUCUCUUGCAGGAUCUCUGAGGGGGUGGGAGGCGGGCAGCUGGAGAUCCCUUCUGGCCUGCACGCCAAGACCGAUCCUCCCCUGGCCCCAUGCCUCUCUGAGAGCCGGCCAGACCCCUCCGAGAGGCUGAAAGCCUCCAAUGCCAGAGUGCACCCCUUCAUGAUAUCCCAAGGAGCAGAGCUGCAGGGCUUCCUCGUGGACUUGGUGGUUCAGCUGUUGGCACUGCUGCACUUCGACCCUCGGCUGCAGCUGGUCUGGGAUGGCCAGUACGGGAAGCCCGGGACCAACGGACGCUGGACCGGCCUCACUGGGGAGCUGCUAGCAGCAGGUGAGACAGAGGAGGCCGCGGUGGCCCUAGCCCCAUUGAUGAUGACUGCAGCUCAUGGGCAAGUGGUGUCCUUCACCACUCCCUUCCUGUACACUGGCACUGGAAUCCUGCGCCGGGUGAAUUCCAGCCCCCAAAGCGGCUCCUUCUGUCCGCUCAAUCCCUUUAGCGGAGAGACAUGGGCUGGGAUCGUGACCGCCUACCUGCUCACCUGUCCGGGGCUGUUCAUCACAGCCAGGCUGAGCCCCAGUGAGUUGGCGAGACCCCACAGAGGCCAGCAGAAUCCGUCCUUCCUGGACAGUCCGUGUAACAGGGCUGGAGCCUUCGCCCUGCAAGGUGAGGCACUCCGGCCCCAGCCCAAGGCCAUGUCCACGCUACUUGUGGCCACCAGGUCCGUGCUGUCGGUGUAUGCGGCCAGCCUGUCUGCUUUGCUGUGCUUCCCGGUCGAGCAAUGUCCGGUCAACUCCUUUGAAUCACUGGUCAGGCAGAGGGCCAUGGAGUUCGGCACCAUCAACGGCUCCUCCACGCAUCAAUUCUUCCAGGUAUCCGCGGACCCUCUCCACAGGAUGGUCCUGGAGCGCAUGGAGCGCCAGCAGGGCCGGGCCCUGGUCAGCUCGCAGGAGGAGGGUGUUGAGCGAGUACUGAGUUCAAAUUGCGCACUCAUCGGGGAGACCGUCUCCUUGGACCUGGCGGCAGCCAGACACCGCAGCCUGGUUCGGCUCCCUGAUGUCACUGACCUGCGGGGGAUCAGCCUUUUCACCACCAAAGGGUCCCCCUGGGCUGAAGAGUUGUCCGCCGCCCUCCUCCAGCUGGACGAGUCCGGGGCUCUGGAAGCCCUGUGGCACGAGUGGUGGGAGCCCAGCUGAUCCCCCCAAGAGCCUCCCCACCGGGAGUCCCUGGGCCCACAGAGCCUGGGGCCCGCCUUCCUCAUCCUGGCCACGGGCCUGACUCCGGGGCUGGCCGUGGCCAUCGGGGAGCUGGCUCUGAAGACCUGUCGGGUGGCCACCCAGCAUGAGAGGUGCCCAUCACUGCAAAAAAGGCUGUGCAGAUUACAGUUGCCCGAGAGACAGGACCUGAACAUAGCAGACAAAAUUGGAAGCGAAGACAAGGAUAACGAGACAUUCGAUCGUUGGCCUGUUUCCCUAGCGCUCUCCGUGUGA